AGUCCCUUGUAGAAAGAGAACCAGUCAGCAAACGUGAAGAUGUCGGCACAGUCGCUUGUAAGCUCAAAGAAGAAAACCUUCAUAGGUCUUCCUGCUCCUCUUGGUUAUGUACCGGGUCUAGGAAGAGGUGCUACAGGUUUCACAACACGAUCUGAUAUUGGUCCUGCUCGAGAUAUUGAUGAUAUAUCUGAUGAUCGUCAUGCACCUCCCAUAAAGAAGAGUAAAAAUGAUGAUGAAGAGGAGGAGGAUUUAAACGAUGCUAACUUUGAUGAGUUCACUGGUUAUGGAGGCAGUCUGUGUGCAAAAGAUCCCUAUGACAAAGAUGAUGAGGAGGCUGAUGCCAUUUACGAGGAAAUUGACAAGAGAAUGGAUGACAAACGCAGGGAGAGAAGGGAGAUAAAGCUGAAAGAAGAGCUGGAGAAGUAUCGUCAGGAGAGACCAAAAAUUCAGCAACAGUUCUCAGAUCUCAAGAGAGACUUGGCCGGUGUGAGUGAGGACGAAUGGCUGAACAUACCUGAAGUUGGAGAUGCUAGAAACAAGAAACAGAGAAAUGCACGAGCGGAAAAGUUUACCCCAGUACCAGACAGCGUCCUCUCAAGAGCUGCAGCCAGCACAGGCACCGCAAACACUAUCUCUGAAAGGGAUCAGAAGUACAGUGGGUUGAACACCCCCUUCGGAGCCAUUACCCCUCUGGGUACCUCCACGCCCAGUGGGGACAUUGAUAUGAAGAAAAUAGGACAGGCCAGAAACACACUAAUGGAUAUCAAGCUGACACAGGUGUCUGACUCGGUCAGUGGACAGACAGUGGUGGAUCCAAAAGGUUAUCUGACGGAUUUGCAGUCCAUGCUGCCCUCACAUGGAGGAGACAUCAAUGAUGUGAAGAAAGCAAGACUGCUUCUGAAGUCGGUCCGAGAAACAAAUCCUAAGCAUCCACCAGCAUGGAUUGCCUCAGCUAGACUAGAGGAAGUGACGGGGAAGAUGCAGAUAGCCAGGAACUUAAUCAUGAAGGGCUGUGAGCAAUGUCCCAAAAGUGAGGAUGUGUGGCUUGAGGCAGCAAGACUUAUGCCAGGGGACCAGGCCAAAGCAGUGAUUGCCCAGGCUGUCAGACACCUUCCGACUGCAGUAAGAGUGUGGAUUAAAGCGGCCGAUCUUGAGAUGGAGAUUAAAGCCAAGAAAAGAGUCUUCAGGAAAGCACUGGAGAUGAUUCCCAACUCUGUAAGGCUGUGGAAACAAGCUGUGGAAUUAGAGAAUGAGGAAGAUGCCAGGAUCAUGCUUAGUCGAUCAGUGGAAUGCUGUCCUACAAGUGUAGAGCUCUGGUUGGCUCUGGCUCGUCUUGAGACUUAUGAGAAUGCCAGGAAAGUAUUGAAUAAGGCCCGAGAAAACAUACCAACAGACAGACAGAUCUGGAUCACUGCAGCCAAGCUGGAGGAAGCUAAUGGAAACAUACACAUGGUAGAGAAGAUCAUAGACAGAGCUCUGAGCUCAUUGAGAGCCAACAUGGUGGAAAUCAACAGAGAAUUGUGGAUAAAGGAUGCAGAAGAUUGUGAACAGGCAGGCAGCAUUCACACAUGUCAGGCCAUUGUUCGAGCUGUGAUAGGUGUUGGAGUGGAAGAUGAGGAUAAGAAACAUACGUGGAUGGAGGAUGCUGAAUCGAGUGCAUCCCAUGAAGCCUAUGAAUGUGCCCGAGCCAUUUUUGCCCAUGCAUUAUCAGUGUAUCCCAGUAAAAAGAGUAUUUGGCUGAGGGCGGCUUACUUUGAGAAGAGUUACGGAACAAGAGAGUCUCUAGAGUCCCUUUUACAAAGGGCAGUGGCCCACUGUCCCAAAGCAGAAGUCCUGUGGUUGAUGGGAGCAAAGUCCAAAUGGCUGGCUGGGGAUGUCCCAGCAGCCAGAAGUAUCUUAGCUUUGGCUUUCCAAGCCAACCCCAACAGUGAAGAAAUCUGGCUGGCUGCUGUCAAACUGGAGUCUGAGAAUAACGAGUUUGAGAGAGCCAGGAGACUGCUGCAGAAGGCUAGAGCCAGUGCCCCCACCGCCAGGGUGAUGAUGAAAUCCAUUAAACUGGAGUGGUGUCUUGGAGAAAUCAAGAAUGCCCACACAUUACUACAGGAAGCUGUUAAACAUUAUCCAGAUUUUGCCAAGUUAUGGAUGAUGAAAGGUCAGAUAGAAGAACAGAAUAACACCAAAGAAUUAGCUAGAGAAGCUUACAAUCAAGGAUUAAAGAAGUGUCCUAAAGCAAUUCCUCUGUGGUUACUGGUGUCACGCCUGGAGGAAAAGUCGGGUCAGCUGAUAAAGGCCAGGUCUAUUCUGGAGAAAGCAAGAUUAAAAAAUCCACAGUGUGCAGAAUUAUGGCUUGAAGCUGUUCGUGUAGAAAACAGAGGUGGAUUGAAGAAUAUUGCACAGACUCUUAUGGCAAGAGCCUUACAGGAGUGUCAAAACUCUGGAAUUUUAUGGGCAGAAUCCAUUUCCAUGGAGCCAAGGCCUCAAAGGAAAACCAAGUCAGUGGACGCCCUGCGCAAGUGUGAACAUGAUCCACAUGUGCUUCUCGCAGCAUCGAAAUACAUAUUCUGGUCAGAGAGAAAAGUAUCGAAGGCACGGGAGUGGUUCAAUCGUACAGUGAAGAUAGAGCCUGACCUCGGGGAUGCCUGGGCAUAUUUCUACAAAUUUGAGCAGGCUCAUGGAGAUGAGGAUUCACAGAAUGAUAUAAAAAAGCGUUGUAUAAAUGCAGACCCAAAGCAUGGUGAGUAUUGGUGUCAAGUAUCAAAAGACAUUGAAAACUGGAGGCUGAGGACGGAACAGAUUCUACCUCUAGUGGCCAACUUGCUACCACUACCCACGUGAAGAAUUUCUUAGCAGAAAGACAGUUGUAUAUAUUCUGUUUUUAUAUACAUAAAAACUCCUUUGAUGGUGAUCCUUUUAAGAAGUUUUGAAAAGGUUCAGAUCACAGUGCCACAAGAGAAGAGUCAUCGUUUUAUUAUUCACUUUGAAUUCUCUUAAAACAGUGAUCUUUGGUGUGGAAGAUGAAAUACAUGAAAUGUUUCAUAGAUUUGUGAAGAUUAAGUAGUGAAUGUUUAUAGAUGAGUGAAGUACAUUAAAUGUUUCAUGGAUUUGUGAAGAUUAAGUAAUGGGUACAUUAAUUUGUGAAUAUUUAGUACAUGAAUUGUUUCAUGGAUUUGUGUAAAAUGUUAUCCACUGUAGUAACUGAGAACUAAUGUAGGAGGAAGAAAUCAAGAUUGUCAUUGUCUAACAUUAAAUUGAUAUACAUAUACAUAUAUAAACUGUAUGAGUUAUGAAUUUUAUUUCAUGUGUUUCACUUUUUAAAUUGUUUUUGAUAGAGAAAAUUUUGUAAGAUAUA